AUGAACCUUAUUACCACAAUAAUUGCUAUUGCCACUAGCCUUUCCGUUCUCCUGGCGUUUAUCUCCUUCUGGCUUCCCCAGAUAGCCCCUGACCAUGAAAAACUCUCUCCUUAUGAGUGCGGGUUCGAUCCACUUGGCACCGCCCGACUCCCCUUCUCCCUCCGCUUCUUCCUCGUUGCCAUCCUCUUCCUGCUCUUCGACCUAGAGAUUGCCCUCCUCCUCCCCUUGCCGUGAGGGGACCAACUACCCGCCCCCCUAAUAACAUUUAGCUGGGCAACCGCUGUUCUUACCCUCCUUAUUCUCGGACUAGCCUACGAGUGGCUUCAAGGAGGCCUUGAAUGAGCAGAGU